CUGCUCGUGUUUGUAUGUUCAGAGUACAAACGAAGGCUCUGGUGUAGCUUUCCGUGUUUCCCACUAAGUUGUGCUGCCAUUUUUGUUAGUGCUCGUGUGCGCGCACCGUAUGUGUAACCAGUGAAGUUUGUUGAGCGUUCAUCGUGAGACGUGAGAUAAUUCCGGCUGCGUGAGUUUUGAGAUCGUAAACUUUGAACUGAUGCUCCAUUAACUCUUACUGCAACGGCUUGGUGGUUGAAGGGAGAUUCCACCUCAUACAGACAGUGCGUUUCAUCUAAUAACACACGUUGACGGUUCGUACAGCGCUGAUCGUAAUCGCUCGCUGUCCAGAGCGUUUUAUUUCAAAGGGCAAAUCAAUCUUGGUUUUCGUCCAAUUCUGUCGACAAACGAACCCCACUCCCCGUCUUUUUUCCCCCCUCACUUACGUUGGUCGUGUGGCUCUGGUCACGCACAGACACAUUCGCCCAAUCCGCACAGACGGCGGAGUCCCGUUGAAUCCCAUAACAUAGCUUCAAAGACAGGGUAUAUACCACUGCGCUGCACGGAUUUAUGCUUGUUUUUCAUUUAUGUUAUAUAAUAGGUGGCGACAAGACGUGCAGUUCCCUCGCCCGGCGUAACGGGCAAUAUUCUGCGGAAGUCCUAUGUUCACAUUGUUUUGAAGUGACAUACGGACACUGUCCAGCCACAACCCCAGAGACGGAGGUUUGCUGAGGGACGGAUAGUUGCAGGUGCAUUCAGCCAGACAGAUCGGCAGAGUCGUGACUAGAGGCUCCAUCUGCGCUGACGGCCACGUACAGCCCUGCGGCCAUGGCAGAACCAGGCCUGUCGUCCCCUUCGGAAGCCCCCCUGCUCCCCCCCCGCAGUGCCUCACUGUCCCUCUCCUUCCCCUUCAUGAAGGACGGCAGUCACAUGUGGGGAGGGGGUCUUCCCCAGCCGGGGGAACUUCCCAGCCCUCUGCCCACCAAGCGCACCCGUACAUACUCAGCCACUGCGAGGGCCAACUCCGGGCCGAUCUUCAAGGGCGUGUGCAAAAACUUCUCCAGGUCACAGGGUCACGGCUUCAUUCGCCCCUCCCACAGCGGGGAGGACAUCUUCGUCCACAUCUCAGACAUUGAGGGGGAGUACGUGCCAAUGGAGGGGGAUGAAGUGACAUACAAGCUGUGCCCCAUCCCACCCAAGAAUCUGAAAAUGCAGGCCGUGGAGGUGGUCAUCACUCACCAGAACCCAGGGACGAAGCAUGAGACUUGGUCUGGGCAGAUAAUCAGCUCCUAGGCUUCAGCUCCGAGCCGCUGUUGCUAUUUAAUGGGAGGGGGAGGGGGAGCGGGGGGAGUGGAAUUGUGGGAAAGAAAAUGUAUGGGGGGGGAUAGAAAGCAUUGAUAAGUGAUAAAAGGAGGGAUGUAGGGAGGUGAAAGAGGUCUGUGUUGCAUUGGUGUUGUCACUGAAAGUGAAAUGAGACAGAGGAAUGGAAGUUUAUGGAGGAGACGUGACUGAUAAAAUGUAAUGUGUCAGUCAGGGUGAAGAGCUCUUAAGAGAGAACAAAAUGAUGAUAAGGUAAAAAAAAAACAGGAGUGGGAGAGGUGGAGGAAAUGAAGAGGACAAUAUUUACAUUACCUUUGAAGUCCUGUUGGGUUUCUGUGGAGAAUUUCUGGGAAAUUUAAGAUGGAGGCGAGACUGAGUGAAAACAUAAAAUGGAGGUUUUAAGGAAAAGAUUAA